AUGCAGCAAGCCAACUCAUCAGAUAUUGAGCCAGAAUGGUUGCGAAAUUUGCAAACCAAAGAACCCGUUAAAAUACAUCGAAAGCAUGAGUCAGAACAAUCACAAAUUAUUCACGAUUUGAAAUUAGGUAUCCGAAUUGUUGUGAUUUCAGACACCCAUGGCUUCCAUCGACAUUUAAAAUUUCCAGACAAGGAAGAAAAUAAGGAAAUGAUCUUGAUUCAUUGUGGAGAUAUGACCGAUGGAACAGAGGAACAGAUGAAAGAAUUUAAUGAUUGGCUUGGAGAGAUUAAACACAAUUUUUCUAAUAUUGUAGUGAUUUGUGGGAAUCAUGAAACACACAUUUCUAAAUAUUCGAAACAUGAAAUUCAAAAUAAGUUUCUUACCAACUGUACAUUUCUGCAAGAUGAUUGUUUUGAAAUUGGAGGAUUAAAAGCGUAUGCAUCUCCAUGGUGUCCUAACAUGUUUUCAUGGUUGUGUGAAAAAUUUGGAAAAUAUCUGAAUCAACCAGAGCGAGUUCAGAGUUUGAAAAGCUACGAUAACAUGUAUUAUUUCAAAAACGAGAAGGAUAUCGAAGACAUGUGGAACAAUAUUCCUAGUGAUGUGGAAAUUCUCAUCACCCACACACCUCCAAAAUUUAUUCUGGAUUUGAAUGAGUUUGGUUCUAACAGAGGAUGUGAAAAAUUACUUUGUAAAUUGCCCACUCUGCCUAAAUUGAAAAUGCAUUUGUUUGGUCACAUUCACCAAAUUAAUGGAUAUGAAUUUAUUGCAAGGAAGGAAGUGGAAAGGUUGGCUUUUGUUCAGUCAUCUGAUACGUUAGCAUGUGAUCAAGAAGAAAUAACUCAGAAGGGUGAUCAUAUUUUGUUUGUUAAUGCUUCCAAUUUUCACAUGUACCAACCCUUUUAUUUUGAUUUGUAA